CUCAAGGACAGAAAUUGAUUGCAGGUGAAGCUUGACAAACGAUCUGCGAAAUUUCCGCGGUUGUGGAAGUUUUCACUUCAAGGGAGCAGCCAUGCACAUAAUGCAGAGGGAGAAGCUGUAGGAGCAAAGUGUACUGAAUAUAUCAGUUCAUCUUCGGAGUAGAGCCAGUUUAUGCCACCUUUUGCCCGUGUUUCUCUGGAUGGAUACCGGAACCGCCUCCCCUCCUUCCUCCAUCGUGGUGGGCCCUUCCUCGCUGUGGCGGCUGGCUGAGAGGAGGAGUAGGAAGGCUGGCUCAGGGAACAUUUUCAGCAACGUGAAUCUGUGGCAGCUCCAGAGACUGUUCAGAGCGGCGGGGGACCAGGAUGCGGAGCAGAGGGCCCAGCUGGUUUGGGGCCACGGAGAUGAGGCUGAACUGGCUCAGGCCUUGAUAGGAUUGAGGGCCCGAAGUCACAAGAGAGGGCUAAGGACCAACGGGAGAGACAUACUGGGCUCACACUGGCUACGAGCCUUCAAUCACCUCAGGAUCGGGGAGAGCUCGCCAAGCAGCCAGGGGAAGGAUCCCGGGGAGGAGAGUGAUUCUGAGGCAGGAGCACACAGCAGUCCAGAGCCACACCGACACACCUCUGCAGGGACAACAGGAAGAGGUAAAGGGUCCACAGUGGUGCUAACUGAGAGCCAGGGCCCUGCAGGGACUUCUGAGAGACCCGUUAGAACCAGCUCAGGACUGAGGAGAGGAGGAGAGAACAACCCAGAGAGAUACCUCCACAGAAUACUCCACUGACUUGACCAAAACCUCUGAGAUUCAAAACUGACUUUUAGUCUGUAUGUCUGAGAGUCUACAAGCACAGCCUGCCCGUCUCUCCUGAAUACUGUUCUGAUGUGUCCAGAAACUGGAACUAGGUUGAAUUAACUUCUGGGAAAAGCAAUAUGGGCACAAAUCAGCUCGACUAACUUACAGUUACAAGUGAAACUGUAUUGGAGAUAGUUUUCUCAUAAUGCCAUAAUGUCUGGCCUUUUUAUUGGCACUGAUCAGAUGGCGGUAUACUGGCACUGCACUGUUGCUUGUUGCAGACACAUCACCACCUGAAUAAUAAAGGCGUCACAAACCUCUGACUGGCUCCUGGUAUCUCACAACUUUAUAUAGUUGUUGCCUCUCAAGAACUGCCUUAUACGUCUUCCUAAAUUCAUCCUACCACUCAUACUAACCAUGCAUACUUAUAAUUAUAUACAGUGAUCUGACUUUAAGUAGUUUUGUAGUUCAGUGGUGUAUAUGUUGAUAUACAUGUGAGAUGAUGUACUGUAUGUAUAUUAGCUUGAAAAGAUGUCAGCUUCUUGAUUUUGUAUUCACGCUAAUUGAGGUGUUAAAGCUGAGAUAAGUUUAAGCUUUACCCACUAUGUCCCCAGUUAUGUGUGUAGUACGUUACACAACACUAUAAAUGGGGCAAUGUUAGGUGUCAUGAGAUGUGGAAAUAUAUGUCCAAAUAUAUACGUCACUGCACAUUUCGAGAUGUUGACUCAAACUAAAUGAUUCUGAUUCAUGUAACAGUUACGCCAGGAACGUCAGCCAGUCACUGGUUUGUAGCUACUGAGAGUGUGGUGUCAGGUGGUCAACUCUGCCUGGAGACCAAAAAUAAUAAAUAAUAGCUGCAAGGCCAAACUCAAAAGUGUCCCUUACUGUGCAGGGAAAGAGACUUGAAACACUAAUGUUCUCAUAUUAAAAUGUUAAUGGUAACAGUGUGAAAACCCACUGUGCCUAUGAAAGACUGUGUGUCACCAACCUUAUCACAUUGCCGGAAACUUGAUGAAGCUUUUUGGUAAUACUGUUUGAUGUGUAAUUUAUAGAUUUGUGGUAAUAAAGUAUUUGCAUGGUU